AUGGGCAUCCACCCGACCUCCGCGAUCGCGGCGGUCGGCGGCGGGCUCCUCAUGGGGAUCCUGCACGUCGUCACCGGCGCGGACCACAUCGCCGCGGUCGCGACGUUGUCGUGCGGGAACCAACCGACGCGCGCGUUCUGGCUCGGCGUGCGGUGGGGCUGCGGGCACGGCGUCGGCCUGCUCGCGGUGUUCGGGAUCAUCCUCGCGGUGGAUAAGGAGAACGACGAAGCGCUGCGGGGGAAGCUGCAGACCGUCGCGGGCGUCGUCGUCGGGAGUUUGAUGCUCGGGCUGGGGCUCUACGGCAUCGGCGUGGGGGGUGGGAUUCACCGCACCGCGUCGGAGUACCGCGACCUCGCGGGCGAGCGCGCGUCGCUGUUGGCGUCCGCGCGGUUGCGAUCGACGGCGAACGCCCCGGCGCGGGCGACGGCGACGCCGAGAGACGAAGAGAGAGGGUCCGCGGACGGCGCCGGCGACAGCGCUAAAAAGUACGACCCGCUGACGCGGACCGCGCUCGCGGUGACUGUCGGCGUCGUCCACGGCGCCGCGGGCCCCGGCGCCGUCCUCGGCGUCCUCCCCGCGGUGUCGCUGCGGGACCCGGCGCUCGCGUGCGGGUACUUUGGGGGUUUUCUCGCGAGCACCGUGUGCACGAUGGGCGCGUUCGCGGCGUUGUACGGGAAGCUUACGAAAGCGCUGGGGGACGCGUACGGGGACGCGCUGAGGCGGCGUCUGAUGUUGUUCUCCUCGUUGUGUUGCGCGGUGGUCGGCGUCGUGUGGAUCGCGCUGAGUUUGAGCGGCGUGAAUUUCGACGCGUUCGGGACGUGA